UUAUUAUCAACCUCGCAAGCUCCCCUCCUUAGGGUCGCCAUUAAAUGCGACCCAAUUUAUUAUGGAUAUACAUAUUUAUUUCUCCGUUUCUCCCAAGAAUUAUGUAGAGGAGGUAAUGUUUUUAAAGUAGCUCGACUUUUUCCUAAAUCUUUUUCCUGCAUGAUGGUUUUUAAGAUUAGGGAUUUUAAAUGUAUGACACCAUGAUGAAUUUUUCGACAUAUUUAGUUUCCAAAAUAUAAUUUUGGAAAAACGGUGAAAAUUAGACAAAAUCCGGUUUUCAUAUGUAAAAGGGUCUGAUUUUGAAUCCCCUAAAACAUUACUACUUGGACAUAGCUUAAAAAUAAUCGUCCAGGUCAAAAACUGUGACCCCUGACGUGACAUUUUACAAUUCUCAAAAACGAGAAUGUCAUAAAACCACAAUCUUCCAAGGCAAUUGCCUUGCAAAUUUCCAAGCAGAUUUUCUAUCGCACAAUUUAUUCUGCUACCCAACGUAUAGGAAGCGAUUAUUAAUUAACCCUGAUAGACUUUAUUUAUAUAUUUAUAAAGAUAAUACACAGUGACAUAGAUAAGGGUAUAUAUGUACGAAUUUGGUUGAGUAAAAAAUCGUACCGCGAGCGCCGAAGGCGCGAGAUGCUUGGGGCGCCUUAAUUGUUUGCCCAGGUAAGAUUUUUGGCAAGAUCGGGGCCUGAUGACGAGUCCCGUUUUUGAGAAGAUGUUUGCCUCUGAGACGAAGGAAAACGUGGAGCGACGCGUAGUGGUCAAAGACGUUGAGAAAGGGGUCAUGGAAUUAAUGUUGGGAUACAUGUAUUGCGGUGAGGUGACCGUCCUCCCUGACCUGCUAAAUCUUAUCGACCUUUACAAAGCUGCCCACAAAUACUGUAUGGUCCCUUUAAGAAUUUGGUGUGCUUAUCAACUGGCUGAGAACUACUUAAACUGCGAUAAUGUCUUGGAACUUUGGUCCUUAGCUAAGACUUAUGAAGAGACCGGUUUGAUGGAGGAGACUAAGCGCUUCAUGAAAGCAGGGAAAAGACAAGUUUUCCAGGAUCUGGAGCUUUACCUGGAAUUUAAUAAAAUUUUCCCGGACUUGAUGCAUGAGUUAUUUUUGCAAUGAUCCCGUAGCGCUUAUUUUGUGAUGCAUCACAAAAUUAGCUCGGAAAACUACUCCGAUUAGCGUGUACAAGUAUUUACAAUUCGGAUGUGGUAUUGUAUAGACUAGUUUUACUUGUUUAUGAAGGUGUGAAGACAGAUGUUGGACUGCAACAUGUCUCUUAGAAUUUGGCUAAAGUUUUAAUAAUUUAAAUGUGUCGAAUAAAAGCAAAGUCCAUGUA